CUUGAUUUUGAAAAAAGAAAAAUUCCUAACUUACAUAGUGAAUUUAUAUAUGUAACUAUACAAAACCAAGCCUAACGUAACUACAGAUCAAUUUCGAUCACCAAAUGAGGUUGUUGGGAAUUUUGUAAUUUAAGCUUAGUAGACACGCACCAAAAUAGAAAAAAGAAAAGAACGUGUCCUCAGUUGACUAAAAAUAACUACUUGCUUCCCAAGUUUUCCCACCUCCAAAAACCCCUAUAUAAAUAACGGCCCCUUUUUCGAUUUCUAAUACCAAUUCAACCAUUUUUAGCUCUUGCAUUUUACAUCUUUCAAUUUUUAUUUUUAUUUUUAUUUUUAUUUUUCUUCUGAUCGUUGGAGAAAAAAGAUUCAUUCUCUUCAAUUUAGCGAGACAAUGAGGAGAGAAGGUCGCCAGCACGGUAUGGUUCGUACUUUUCCAGUUUUACCCUCCCCAUGGAACCCAAAACCCGAGCCCAGGUACAUCAAAAAGUCCAAUUCACCGCCAACCGCUGGGCUUUUCACGAAGGUUCCAUCUAAGCCCAAUAACCAUUCCAAGUUCACCGGCAAGUGCGGUAGGCCCAGAUGCACCAGCUGCCAUAUUCAUCCUGCUGGAAAAUCCAAGGACAAAACUAAGGGCACAUACAAGUUAAAGGGACGUGACGACGUCGUAUCAUUGGUUACAUGGAGGGUUGUUGAUGCUAAACCUGGGUUGAAUUUUUCGGGGUUUUCGGCUACUGGGAUUUUGGAUCAUUUGGAUAAUUACGAUGAGCAUGGAAUUUACUAUGAUGUCUUUGAUGAAGGUAACGGCGAUGAGGAUUUGGUAGUUGACCCCGAUUGUUCGCCGAUGAACAGCGUUGAAAUUGAGGAGAUUGGUGAUGGUGAUGAUGAUGAUGAAGAGAAAAUGAGUUUCUGUGAGGUGGGAUUUGUGUGGGAAAAUGUUGAAGAUGACGGAGAUUGGUGUGUGGUUGAAGGAAUCUAAUUCAAAUCUCUUUCAAUUGUUCUCCCUGUCAUAUGUAUUAUUCCGGGCCAAAGUAAAAUGAAACGAAGACGGGCAAUAUUUGUAUGUUACAUUUCUGUAAUUGUAUGUAUCUACUGUCAAAUAAAUUGCAACAUUUAUUUAUAGGGCA